UUUCAGUUGCCCGUCGAGUGUUCGCCAUGGAGAACGCUUCUGCUGUUGUUGCUGCCAGCCAGCUCGUGCUGCUGAUUCUGAUUGCUGGCAUUGCUGGGUGUGCCCAGGGUCAUUUGCUGUCCCAGCCAGCGCUGGAAUUACGCAUUCAGGCCCAGGAACAGCUCAUCUCGCAGCACAACGACAGCGCCUAUGUGCAGCGUCUGAUGCGGCUGUCCAAGUCCGCGGAGAUGCGCAACUACAUGCAGCCCGAGCUGCAGCCCUGCGACAACUUCUACGACUACAGCUGCGGCAACUGGGCCAAAAUCAAUCCAGCAAACACCGCAAAUCUACGCGAGACCAACUACGAGCAGCUGCUGCUCAAAGGCUACCACCACAAGCAGCAGCGACUGCUGCAGCGACCGGCUGACGCGGCCAUCGAUGCGGAGGCGGUGCUCAAGUUGAAGGAGUUCUAUGCCAGCUGCCUGCACUACCGUGAGACACCGCUGCCCGUUUACCGCCAACAGUUGCUGGAGAUUGUGGCCGAGUUCGGACACAUGCCCGCCCUGGCACUGCCGGGACAGCAGUGGCCCGCCGACGAGUUCGAUUGGGUGGCCACCGUGGCACGCAUCAAGCGGAAGUACGGGCUGGACAUCAUGCUGCGCCUUCAGGUGUCUCCUGCGGCCAUCUAUGUGGGACAACCGCAGCAGAUUCGGCCACAACCCAAUCGCCUGGGACGAGCUGCCAGCAUACGGGAGUGGCUCAUUUGGAAUUUGGGCGUGGAAAGGCAAUUGGCAGAGACCACAUCGCUGGAGAUCACAAAUAUAGAGGAUUUGGUGGCUCGCUAUAUGCGGGAUAUUCCAGUGGGAGUGCUGGCACGUCCCCGCACAGCCAAGGAGCUGGACGAGCUCUACUUGCCCGUGUACAACCUCACCGAGUACAUUGAACUGGUCCUCGAUCGGCCAUUGAACCCGAACGACACGCUGUUCGAGCACGUGCCCAGCUAUCAGGCACACUUGCUGGACUUUGUGGGCAGCGUUAGCCCCCAGAUGCAUGCCAAUUACAUCUUCUACUCGCUGCUGGAGCACUUCAGCUACGAGUGGGCUGGCUCCGUGGUGGAUCACUGCAUGCCCAAGGCCCGCAGUCUGUUCCCCGAGCUGCUCGACAACAUGGUCUUAAGGGAGUACGGAGAUGCAGCCACGCUCAGCGACAUCGAGGCCGUGUGGCAGCAGAUCAAGCGCAGCUUCCGCGACAUGCUGGAGAGCGACACCGCCGAUUGGUUGGCUCUGGCAGCGCGGACCCAUGUGCUGGACCAAAUCAAUGCCACUCGCCUGCUGGUCAACGGACAUGCGGAUGUCAAUUUCACGCAGACCUACGAAGAAUUGCAGCUAAAGCCUCGGGACUAUCUGCACAAUCUGCGGGCCGUGCUCAGUCAUGAUAGUCUGAAGACCAAAAUGUCUGCCGCUCCUCUGACUGCGCCCAGCUAUGAUGCCGUGGAGAAGCGUAUCCUGUUGCCGGUGGCCCUGCUGCAGCCGAACUAUCUGUGGUCCAGAUACUACCCACGUGCCCUGCGCUACGGCAGCUUGGGCACUCUGCUCGCCCACGAGCUGGCACACAGCAUCGAGGAUGUCUCCCACUGGGACCACUCCUCGAUGAUGGCCUACCACAAGCGUUGGGCCUGCUUCAAGGAACAGUACGGACGCCUGCGACUCAAUGGAGAGUACCUGCCGAAGAGCGAUCUGCAGGCGGAGAACAUUGCCGACAAUCUGGCUGUGCAGGUGUCCUACCACGCCUACUCCAAGUACUUGCAGGAGCUGGCCCCAUCCGCCCUAUCCUCGGAGCAGCUGCCACAGAUGACGCAGAGUCCGCGGCAGUUGUUCUUCCUCAGCUAUGCCCAGUUCUGGUGCAACGAUUCCCAAGAGAGAUUCCGCGACAGGAAAGCCCUUAUCGUCUCGUAUACACCCAAUGCCCUGAGGGUGCUUGGAGCACUCUCCAACCUGGAGGCCUUCCAGCGGGACUUUGCCUGCAGCGGUGGCAGUCCGAUGAGCUCCUCCCCGAAGUGUCAGCUGUAUGGCUUAUCCAUGGAUUAGCAACUUAGUCUCGGUUCAAAUAUAUUCUUAUACACAGUUUAAA